AGGUCAUGUCGCAGGCCGAGGGUCAGCAGAAGAGUCUGGUCCAGUCCAUCGAGGCUCUUCCGGCGGGAGGAUCCCUGUCCUGUCUGGAUCAGGACCUGCUGCUUCUGAAGGCCACGUCUGCCGCCACACUGAGCUGUCUGGGAGAAUGCCUGACUAUAUUACACACGCGCAGCGCUCAGCCGGGUCACAAACGUGAUAAUGCUCCUGUAUGGUCCGUCCCGAAGUCUCCCUCAGAGGAAGGUGGAGCUGUGACCCUGAGCUCCACAGAGCCCUCGCCCUCCCUCAGGAAGAAGAACCUGCUCCACAACACUGAGCAGGAGGGGGUGAAGCUGGUUCCUCCUGAUGAAGAGGUGAUGGAUUCAGACAGUAACUCUGAGGAAGAUCUGGGUGUGCUGGAGGACCAGAGGAGUGUUAUUCUGCAUCUGCUGUCUCAGCUCAAACUCGGCAUGGACCUCACACGGGUUGUUCUUCCCACAUUCAUCCUGGAGAAGCGUUCAUUGCUGGAGAUGUACGCUAACUUCAUGGCGCACCCGGACCUGUUCCUGUCCAUCUCCGCGGGAAACACGGCGGAGGAGCGUAUGGUGCGUUUCGUCGAGUACUACAUGACCGCCUUCCACGAAGGACGCAAGGGCGCCGUCGCCAAGAAGCCCUACAACCCUGUGCGGGGCGAGACCUUCUGCUGCUCGUGGGCGGUUCCUCGGGAAGGCGUGGCUCGUGCGACCAAUCAGGAGGCGGCGGGGGCGGGGUCAGAUCAUUUCAGGGUGCGUUUUGUGGCGGAGCAGGUUUCCCAUCAUCCUCCGGUGUCUGGGUUUUACUGUGAGUGCGAGGAGAGAGGCAUGUGUGUCAACGCACACAUCUGGACCAAGAGCAAGUUCAUGGGGAUGUCAGUCGGGGUCUCCAUGGUGGGAGAAGGUGUGUUGCACCUGCGGGAUCACGGGGAGGAGUACGUGUUCACAUUCCCGAGUGCGUUCGCUCGGUCCAUCAUCACUGUGCCGUGGCUGGAGUUGGGGGGGAAGGUCUCCAUCAGCUGCGCACAGACGGGAUACUCGGCCAGCGUCACCUUUCACACCAAACCCUUCUACGGCGGAAAGGUUCACAGGGUAAGUGCCGAGGUGAAGCAGAACUCCAGCGGGACGGUUGUUUGUAAAGCUCAGGGCGAGUGGAACGGGACGCUCGAGUUCACAUACAGCAGCGGAGAGACCAAAGUCAUCGACACCAACACACUGCCCGUCAUCAGGAAGAUGAUCCGCCCGGUGGAGAAACAGGGCCGGCGCGAGUCCAGGCGUCUCUGGUCUCACGUGACCGCAGCUCUGAAGGAGGGAAACCUUGAUCUGGCCACCGAACACAAGCAUCGGCUGGAGGAUUCGCAGCGGUCCGACGAGAGAAACACCAACAACAUGCCCUGGAAACCCAAAUACUUCAUAAAAGAGGGGGACGGAUGGGUCUACAGAAACCCACUGUGGAAAUCAGACUGAGAUAAACUACGAUCCGCAGGAGAGAGACGCUGCUGAUCACAAUACAGCAACAUCAUGCUUUAUAAUGUAUAAACUGUAAACCAAUCUGUAUAUAUGAAAACCUGGAUCAUAGAAUAGACUUUUAUACACUAUAUAAAUGAUAUAUUAUUUUUCUUAAUUAUCUAACCGAGUUUUUGUGGAUUUAACAUGACAGUAUUAAUGUGAACUGCCAUUUGAUGAUCUGAACGCAUUGAACAACAUGGACGAGAUGUUCAUAUUCAAGCUUUAGAUCUUAAACAGUCAUCAUGAAAACACAAUCAGCUCAUAUUUCACCCCAAUAUCAAGAAAAAAAAAUUAAAUAAUAAAGUAUAAUUAUAUAGUACUUAUGUAAUAAAUAUAUAAGGUUUUUUACAUUGUGAAUUAAAUUUUCAUUACUGCAAUUUAGUAUUUUUUUUUACUCAUCUACAGAAAUAUUGUAAUGUGUAUUUAUUUAAAUCAGCAUAAACUAAUACAACUAACACUAUCACGAUGAAUAUUUAUUUUUAAAUAGAAAAUAAGCUUCAGUUUCUUAUAUUAUAUUUUUAGUUAAGAAGAUCUAAACGAAACAGUAUUUUGGGGUGAAAUAUGCGCAUGAUUUUGACACAUUUGAUAUUUGACAUGAAACUGACCAGGUGAGCAUGUGGUCAGUCAGCUGAUAAAAUGAAUGACCAAUCAAAAUCCUCUCCACGAGUCACUGCUAACUCAGAGCACUAUUGUUAGAACCUAACUGGCCAUAAGAUUAGAUUUUACCCGAGAGGUUUUACACAGAUGCACUUUUUAAUCGAGGCCUUCAUUCAAUCCUGUGACUUUAUAUGAACAGCAUCACUGAUGGGAUUCAAGUCCACUGAUUUGAUUUGGAAGUUCCCAGCUGUAAUUGCUGUAUGAUAAACGAUUUCAAGUUUUUAAAGAGACAGUACUGUAUUAUACUCUGGAUAUGUAGAAGUGUUAAAGACUUUUCUGAUGAGUCUAUGGGUUAGUUCAUCCAAAAAUAAUCAUUGUGUCAUCAAUUAAUCACCCUCAUGUCGUUAAAACCAUCGAUUUUUGUUCAUCUUCAGAACAUAAAGAAACUUAAUGAAAUCACAAGCUCAAUGAAUGGAAGCUCAAAGAAAUAUCUCUUUAUGAACGUUUUGAAGGGUCAGAAUUUGGGUUGGAUAGACUUUAAAUGGAGGGACAAAGCUCUUAAAAAUGUUUAUUUGAUGAAAAGAGGUCUUAUGGGUUGCAACAACGUGAGGGUGUAAUUGAUGAGAGAAUGGUCAUUUUUUGGUGCACUGUCCCUUUAAGGCCCGGUCACAUUUUACCGGUUCUCUCGCAUUUCGCGCAAUAUUGCCCAGAUUGUGCAAGUUUUAAAGCUGGUGACUUCAAUUCACCACCCAGACCAACAUAAACGUAUUUAGUAAGAAAAUGAGUUCUGUUUGAGCUAUGCUUUACACACAGUGGAUAUAUUUUUUAUUUUUUUUGCCCGCGAUAUUUCACUAUAUGUGAGCGAGCCGUUACACACAUCAAAAUUUAGCUCCUUUUUGCAGCUCGUAGCCUACUGUAAACUGUUCAUAUCGGUGCUGAAAUAAACAUGAAACAUGCCUUGCUUUUCUCAGAGUACAUAAUUUACAGAAAGUAUUUCUAGAGGCUGUUGAAUAAGAUCAUGUGUAAACGAAACUGAAUCAGACAUGUUUUUGAAAUAUCUGUUUCGAAUAAACCUGCCUCGGCA